AUGCCUUCCCCAAUGUAUGGCGACAUGGAUUUCCUGCUGGACGAAGCAUCAGUAUUCGCAUUCCUUGCUGACUGUGAUUUGGUGGACGAAAUGGAACCAGUUCCAACGAUCUCGACUACCUCACACUGUGGCGCUAUGUCGACACAAUCCGACAGCUCUAGUUUUUGUAUUACGUCUGAAGAGCCCGUGGAAAAGAAGAAAUCGUGGCGCCAGCGUCGUAAAGAGGAGAUUCUGAACCUUAGGGACGAGGUGAAGCAGCUCUCCGCCGAACUCCAACAACUCAAAUAUGCACUUGGGGUGCAUUCCAGAUAUCGACAGUCAAAGAAGAUUAAAGCGGCAAAAGAUUCAUCGCCGUUCAGCUCGCACGCGUCGAUAUGGGAAAACACUGCACAACAUCAAGCCAAUCUUCGUUCGAUCAGCGAACAGGAGAACACCAACCUGCGGGAAUCACUGGAGUAUCACAUACAAAAAGCGAAAUCGUUGAAUCGUGCAGUCAAACGAAAGCUUCGAGCUAUUUUGAUGUCACCUGAGAUGGAUAUGAUAAACCAGUUACAGCACCAUUCGAAACGAGCAACCCCGCCGUUGAAUAAUGAGGCCGUGUUUAACCAACUCAAGGUAGGGAUAGACGAGCUGUACGGAGGCUUGGACAUCUUUUUCAAACAAGUGGGAAUGGAUCAAUUGUCACGCUCUGGUCUACAGAAGAACUCAAUGAACAGUGGAGCACGAAUGACGCUGGUGGAGUUCCUGGAUAGCUAUGCGAUACCAUUUGAUCUACUUCAGAUAGAGAAGGCGAUUUGGACUCCUGAUACAGCAGACAGUGAAGACCCCGCCCUGUUUUUCAUGCAGAGUGCUACCGACGAUAAUACGCGUAUGAUCAGCAUGGGUUUCCCAUUUUCAUUGGAAGGUAUCGAUUUCAGUAUCGUCAUGCGAAUUGUGACUCGGAAAUACGUCGAGAAAGACCGAGUCGUGUUCAUUACGCGAUCGCUUAUAGAACCAAGUAUUGGUCCAUUAUCAUUUGUCGAGACCAACCGCAGGGUCUUGUUGCGUGGGGAACCCUCGUCACGUGGUCCGACGACGAUAAUCCUGACGCAUCGUGAAGCGGUUUCCUAUGGAGAUUUAUUAUCCUCAGACAUGACAGGAUGCCCAAGUAUCGAAAUCGGUCUCAAGACCUGGGAAGGCUUUGCUACACAGUACAACUAUGCCCUAGAAGACAAGCUGAUUCGGACGAGCAGUAAGUAG